UAACCCUCUCUCUUUUGUAAUAAUAAUUCUACCAAUUUAUUUUAUUCUAGUUAUUCACUUUACUUAUUUUUAAACCUCAACUAUUUAUAACUGCUAUUGCCUGCACUGCCAGAUAGCGCGCGGUUUAAACCAGACAUAAAGAAGGUUUAAACUAACCAAUCGAAUAAUGUUAUUGAAAGCGUUCGAGUUUAACGGCUUGUUUCCUUUUCCGGGUCCCGCGCCGGCCGGUUUAGUUUGCAGUGUUGCCGGCCGUUUGCGGGUAUUUUACCCGAUAAUCGGGGAUUUUCGUUAUGCUUGCGGGUAAGAUAUUAAAGCGGGUAUUUUGCAAAUUUCGAUACAGAUUUUUAAAAAGUAAUAUUGUAUAUUGUAUUUAAAUUUACAUAAUUAUUUUAUUCUAUCCUGUUACCAUUCAUAUUGAUUGAUUACUUCAAAAUUCAAUUUAUUUUUCAAAAUAAAGUGAAUGCUAUACAAAAUUUAUAAUAAAGAUAACAAGUUUUUUAUUCUUAUUCUUGCGGGUAAAAUCGGGUAUUUUAAAAUUUUUGAUCGGGAAUUUUCAUGAAAUUCAUCCGGCAACACUGUUAGUUUGUCAAUUGUCAAAGGGUGUGGGCGGAUGCAAAUGUAGCUUCUUUAUCUCUGAAUGUAGCUUGUGAAAUUACCAUUCUUUAUAAUCUGUGGAAAUUACGAUUGUGCGAUUAGGUACGCGAAAUUAAAAAAUUAAAAAGCGACUGUGUAAUCAGUGGUCUGGCCUGGGACUGAGAAUGUCGCAGUCCGCGGACACUCGCGAGUGUGAAUCAGCAAAUGUAGCCUUAUUGGUGAGUACCAAUACUUUGUUUUAUCUAUUGUUGAGGGUGAGGUUAGGUUACGUUUUCCCUCCAAAUAUUUGCCUUCUUUAUCUCUGAUAUUUGCAUUGUUGCUUCUUUGUUAACGGGUGUAGUGCGAGUUUGUAUGAUCAGAUCUUAUUUAAAAUUAUAGUUAUGGGGCGCACAAAGAAAAUCUCCAUCACCAAACGGCAUCUUAGGCGUUUGGUGAAAAGAGAAAGGGAAUUAACCACUUUGAAGCAAACUGGAAUAAACAAAACGUUCCCUCUAAGUCAGCACGUAGUCAGUGACAAUAGUGUAGACCGAGGCCUAGACGAAAUAAGUGACCCUCAAGAAGCCAACAGUUCCACCGAAACAGUAGAGAACCCAGGGUUUACGACACAAUAUCCUGUUUACCAAUAUCUUGAAUUCAGCGGGCUAUAUAAUACAUGUAACACCGAUGAAGAAUACGUUAAAUCCUUGCGUAACUGGUUCUUGAAAUUCAGACAUUUAAUGAGUGAAAGUUCCAUGAAUGAUUUGCUAAAAAUUUUAAAAUCAAAAUGUGAAUUGCUGCCCUCUGAUAGCAGAACAUUUUUAAAAACUCCCCAUACAUUCCAGUUUCCAAUAAGGGAUGUAUCCCCAGGAAAAUAUUGCCAUUUCGGAUUGCAAUACAUGUUACAAAAGCAAUUAAAUCGACAAGACACUAUAAAUCUGUGGCACAGUGGUGAAAAAUGUGUAAUUUUAAGGAUAUCUGUAAAUAUUGAUGGCUUACCAUUGUCUAAAAGUUCCACCAGUCAAUUCUGGCCAAUUUUAGUAGCAAUAGAUAGUACAAAUAAAAAUUUCUCAAAACCAUUUGCAGUAGGAAUGUAUCAUGGGUACAAAAAACCAGUACAUAUUUCUGAAUAUUUGGAGAGUUUUGUAAUGGAAUUAAAAAGACUGGAAACAGAUGGUUUCACUUUGAAAGAAGUGACUGUAAAAGUUAAGAUUUCCAAAUUAAUUUGCGAUGCACCUGCAAAAUCAUUUAUUUUAAGUAUAAAAGGUCAUACUGGGUAUUUCAGUUGUACGAAGUGUAUACAAGAGGGUGAUUACGUCAAUGGCAGGAUGACUUUUCCAGAAACAACAUCCCAAUUGCGAACAGACGAGGAUUUUAAAAAUAAGUUGUGCGAAGAUUUUCACAAAGGUGUGAGUCCUAUGGAACAGUUGACGAUUGGUUUGGUAUCGCAAGUGCCCUUGGAUUAUAUGCACUUAGUUUGCCUAGGGGUUAUGAAACGCCUUAUGUCUUUCUGGGUUAGAGGAAAUAGAGCUGUUCGAUUAUCUGAGGAGAAAUUAAACAAAAUUGCAGGCACUUUAUGCCAUAUAAAAGCAUAUGUACCAAAAGAAUUUUCGCGUUUGCCAAGAGAUCUCCGGGAAAUGGAGCAUUUUAAGGCUACUGAAUUUAGACUUUUCUUGUUAUAUACAGGGCCCAUUAUUUUACAGGAUACCAUAUCAAAAACCUUUUACAUGCAUUUUAUGUCGUUACAUGUGGCGAUAAGAAUUUUGUGUAGUGAACAUUUGCAUAUUUCUUACAAUAAUUAUGCUUUUCAACUAUUGAAAUAUUUUGUCGAAAAGUUCUCUUCAAUUUAUGGAUCUGAAUAUAUUACCCACAACAUUCAUGGCCUCAUUCAUCUUCCACAAGACUGUAUAUAUCAUGGACCACUAGAUAAUUUUAGUGCUUUUAAAUUUGAAAAUUAUUUAUAUACAAUAAAAAGGAUAUUAAAAACAUCUAAACAUCCACUGCAACAAAUGGGAAAUCGAAUUAAAGAACAGGAAUCGUUUUUUGCACCAUCAAGUCAAGAAGAGUAUCCCAAACUGCGAUAUGAAAUAGAAGUUUCGUUAAAAGGAUAUCAGGAACAUACUUUUUAUAAACGGCUGGAAUUUGAAAUGUUUCAAUUAAGUACGUGUCAGCGAGAUAAUUGUGUUCUGUUAAAUGAUGGAAAUAUUAUAUUUGUGAAUUACAUAUGUGUGAAAAAUGCUUCGCAGGACAUGUUCUUAAUAGGAACUAAAUCAUUAGAGCAUAAUCCAAUUUAUGAUAACCCUUGUUCAUCUUCACUUUUUGGUAUGGUUAAAGUAAUCAGAACUUCGACACAAAAUGAAAAAUACAAGAUAAAAGAAAUAAAACAGAAGUGUUUUAGUUUCCCAGUAAUGGAUGGCACAGGUGAGGAAUGGGCCGUAGUCAAUUUCGUAGAAGAUGAAAAAGUGUCUGUUGUUCCAUCGUCAUGGCUGAAUUAUACUGAAGAUGCUGUUUCCUGCUAUUGGCCACCUAAAAAUGCUGGAAAACACAUAAAAAACCACACAAAACCUGAAAUAACCUGGGAAAAAUGGAAGAUUUCUAUUUUAAAACAAACAAAUUCGUACGUUGAGGCCCGUGAAUUUGUCAAACUUGUAUCUGAAGCAGAAGAUGUAACUAAUACAGACAUACAUGGAAAUCAGAGUUUUGGUCGGGGUCAGAGGAAGCGUAAAUUACCAGUUCAUUUCAAUAAUAAUUGGGACGAGCAAGAAGAUGUCGAAGAAAAUGAUUAUGCUGAGUCAUUUGCAAUGACGCCACCCCCAUAUCUUUCAUGCGAUGUUCAAACUGCUUCAAAAACGACUAUUCCAGCAGAAGUACCAACACGGUUGCUAGCCCGAUCUUCAAUAAAUAAAACAACAACAAUUGUUCGUACAGUAUCUUCAGAAUUAGAUACAGUAAUUACGUCAGUUGCAGAACAUAACAAUAUUGGGAACAUGACAGAAAGAGAAUGUCGGUCUGAUAAUGUUUUUUCUGUUCCUCGUAAUUUUGAAGAUUCACCAAUUAUUAAACAUAUAUCGAAUCAACUUGGAGUUAUUAAAGAAUUGGUUCAACGUUUAGUGGAUGCUGAAAAUCGUCGUGAGGCUGGAAACGGAAACAUGAAUAAUUCCAUUACAAAUUUUGAAUUAGUGCCAAAAAAACAAUUUCUUAAAUAUCGAAAACUGGUACUAUUUGAUGAAGACAUAAAAAAUAAUCAAGAAGCAGAGCGGCAGAAUGAAACUGCUCUGUAUUUACUUGGUGGUGCCAGUUACAAAGAACAUAUUAGACGAGGUCUCAGAAAAUUAUUUUCUGAUAGACUGGCAAUUAAAUGUUCCUGGACGGGCCGCAAAAACAAUUUUCCACUCCAGCAUCUAAAAAUUCUAGAACUUUUGAGAACUGCUACACGAAAAAAGUUUGGCCAACUUACAGAUGCUGAAUACCAGCAAGAAGUGGCUCUGUGGUUUAGACAAGCCCAGCUUAGGUGGGAUCUUUUGAAAUGUUUCAGAGAAACGUUGCUGAGGUAG